AGUCCCUGCGAACUUCAUCUAGACGAGAAUAUAUUGCUCUGGAGGAAGUAUAAUAAAUGUAUUUGCUCUUGAAUUAUUUUUUUUGUUCAUUUCUGAAUACCAUGAUGGUCAGUUAUGCACAUGACAGUGACUGACAGCCACCACAAUGCUCCACUGACUCUCCGUUUCAACCAUGGAGGACGCAGUGACCUCUGAAGAUGCUGAACCCCUGCCUGCCACCUCCCAAAACACUGACAUCCACCUCGGUGAGCCAGAGGAUGAGUGUCCUUCCAGCGCCAGCCUGGAGCCCAGCUCCCCGUCCUCGCCUUUCAAUCAGCAAGCUCAAGGCUCUGGCGUAUCGGCGCUGCAGUCCAAGGUCAAGGCUCUCUCUGAACGCAGAGUUGUCUGGAAAGAACCUGGAAGUAAGAACCAGGACAAACGAGUGGUUCCCGGGACCUUCAUACUGGGAUACGCCCUCACGGACGCUUGGGGCUCCAGCAGUAGCGAUGAAGACGGGGAACCUCGCAAGCCCCUGAUGUUCCUUGCAGGAGACCACAAGCCUCAGGUAGAAUUCGACUAUGAUCCCGUCUCUUCUGAAGCCUUGCUGGCAGUUCCACGCAGCCUUGGAGAAGGAGCAAGCCUGGAGAACCUCUCGAACGAUGCUUGCGGUUCUCAAGACGAUGCUUCUCCAUCUAAUAAACCAUGGAUGCCACCGAAGUGUUUCUGGAGGUCCAUCAGACCAGAGAUGCCGGUUCUAAAUGGGAAUGUUCCUGUGGGGAAAGAUGGACCAAAUGGAGGAACCUUUGGCCACAAAAUGGGCCACAAGUUUCCAAGGGAACUGCAAAGGUCUGAUAGCCUGGAGAGUCACCUACGCAGGUACAAUCAUGGUGAGGUGGGACAAUGUGGACUCUGGCGGGCUGACAGCUUGGAGAGCAUGUGCAGCAGUGGAAGCUCGCUGUCCCUGGCCGAGAGGGUCGAGAUGAACCGCGGCCUUCUCAAACAGAUGUUGCAGAAAACCCAGAAAAAAGACCAUGUACCAGGACAGAGAAUAGAGGACCCAACGCACAUUAGCGGUAGAGGUAUCUGUGGCCUGAAUGACAGUGAUUGGGAUUCUGGGAUUUCACUCCAAGGUAGUGAACACAGCCAAAGGUGGGCAGCACAGAUUGAUGCUCUCACAAUUAUCUCACACACACACAUACACACACACACACACACCAUUAGGGGAACAUUCCAGAAGCUAAAGAAGAAGGUCCGGAAACAAGAGAGCAGACAGGAACCCUUGUACGUCAAUGGCCUCAGGGUUCCAACACCUCCAGACUGCAAAAAUGGAACUCAAAUGUGUCUCUCGAAUGGACUAGCAUUGCCACUCAACCCCUAUGCCACGGAUCCACUUGGACAGAGAAUCCCAGCUCCCACAGUGAGCCAGUUGCUAGUGCGAUCAGCAGCAACUCUCUGCCAGUCUUUUUCCAUCUCCUUUAACAAUUUUCUAUCUUGUGUGACGCUGCUUGGAAAACCAUAUUCAAUUUACACAUUAUCAAGAUUCAUCAUGAUAUUUAACAAUUUCCAUAGGAUGUUUCUUCCAUUGUCCUAUGAUAUGCACAGCCAUGCUUUCCAUUCUUCCUUAGAUGUGGACCAGCACCAGAGUACAGGACAGCUGGGAUCUGAUGCAACAUCCAUCAGUGCUGAAUCAACCCAGACUCGUCUCAGUAACGGACACGUCAGAGGUCCAAUCAAACCAGUGCAUCUCAGGGCAACUAGCCCAAACUUUUCACAAGCAGGGCUGGAUGCAGAGCAGCGAGAGGGUCGACCCAAACUCUCCUUGCGGCGGUUCUUCUCUGCCAUGGGGCUGAACAGCGUGGGGUUGCUGAGAAAAGGACGAUCCAGCAGCAUGGAUCAGCUCAGCUUGCACCCCAAACCCAACUCAAACCCAAACCAAAACACUCGGCCGACCUCACCCUCCACCUCCCCCAGCCCCACACACAGACACCACCACCAGCUGAAGAAAGCCCCCUCACUGCAGACUAUACGUCUGGGGUCUCCGUUUCUCCAGCUGAGGAGAUCUUCAUCGGCUCAAAACCUCCAAAUCCCCAGAAAGAAAACAGACCGUUCCUCUGCAUACACUCCAGGAGAACAGCCCUGUAGUCCUGUAUUAACCAGGGGUCUUCAGCGUGCCUUGAGUGUAGAGGAUGUGGGGCGGCCCAGUGCGGUGCGUCCGGUGGGACGCGUGGCUCAGGCCUUCCCUGACGGCACCAUCCUGCUGGAGCUCUCCAGACCCCCCAACGGCCCCUUCGGCUUUCUCAUCUCCCGAGGAAAAGGCAGGCCAGACUCAGGGGUGUACGUUGAAGAAAUGGGUGACAGCAAUAUGGAGAAACUCUACGCGGGGCUGCUCGGGGUCGGGGACGAGAUAUUAGAGGUGAACGGUGAGAAGGUGGCGGGACUCAGUCUGGACCUGGUGACCCGUUUAAUGACUCAAAACAGCACAGCUUCAAUCCGCGUACUACGACAUAGACGCUUACAGCGCUAACUGAAGUCAAGACUGUAUCAGAACCACGUUUUGUUCCAGUCAACAUAAAUGAAAACUGCAAAAAAGCAUCAGAAAUUAAGUCAGGGAUGAGUUCGUGAAAACGGCAGUAUUACGUUUUACUGACCUUUGGAGUUUUAUCAUAAUGAUCACACAAUGGUCCAUAUUAAAGGGAUAGUCACCAAAAUUUUUAUUUUUUUAUACAUUUUGUUCCAAUUCAGUUUCAUUUUUUUGGGUGAAUUCAUCCCUGAAGCCACUGUUAUGGCUAAAGGCCUGUUCACACCAAAAACAAUAACUAUAACAAUAAUGACAAAAGAUAUAGUUUUAAAAAUCAUUCUAAAGUCAUAAAAAUAACACAGUCCACAACUAUAAUGAUAACAACACAGAGGAACAAGUUUGUCGUUGGAGUCACUUUCCAGGUGAUGAACAACAAAAAAACAUUGGCAGCCAAUCAGAAUUCAUCCUGCUUUAAACAGUUCGAGCAUUUAAAGAGGCAGAUGACAAAACUGCAGUGCUCGUUUUAAACAGAUUGUUAUUGCAUGUUGCUGUGGAUGCUAAUAUAGUUCUGUCAUGACAACUCUCUGAGAGUUUAGCAUGGGAAUAUACAUGGCAAUGAUAAUGUGUUUAGUCUUGGCGGAAUAGAUCUGCUAUGCUACUGCUGCGGCAGAGCGAGUACAGAGACUUGCUACUGCCAA